AUGAAGCUACAAGUUGUUUCCAACUUCAAUCUAGUCAAUAAUGAAGCUAUCAGGUAUGAAGUGGGGAUGAACUCUGCUUUUUCUUUCUGGCAUGACCCAUGGAUUCGUGGUGCUAGUCUCAUCAACUUACUUCACCCGAGUACUAUCUCUACCUUGCAAUCUAGCUCGGAUGCUUUGGCUGGUCAAUUUAUGGAUAACGGAAGCUGGCAUCUUCCAACUUCUAAUCAUUUCGAUUGUUUGGAGCUUCGAAGUCUAGUUCUUAAUAUCCAGAUCCAUCCUCGAGAUAAAAUUCGCUGGGACACUACUCAAUCUAAUGCUACUGGGAUUUCCACCAUUUGGAACUCUAUUCGCACCAUCGGGACCCCUCCUGCUUGGGUUGAUGUUGUAUGGCAUAAUCUCUCCAUACCUAAAUGUGCUUUUACGUUCUGGCUUGCUAUUAAAGGAAGACUCCUCACCAGGGACCGAAUGCAUAAAUUCAACAUGAAUACGGAGCUGAGAUGCAUUUUAUGUAAUAUCGAUAAUGAAUCCCACAGGCAUAUUUUUGUAUCGUGCCCAUAUAUUAUGCAUAUCAUGGCUAAUAGUUCUUUCACCUUCUCUGAAGACUGGUCGCAUUAUAAAAAUGGGGAAUUCUUAGUGGGGCCAGUUACUGGUACUAGAAAGCAGAUGGGACACCUUUAUGCAGCCAUCACGUUUUUUCUUGUCUGGAAGGGAAGGAAUGCUAGACUCCAUAAUGCUACCAACCAGCCUGCAUCUAUGACUUUGACUUUGGUCAAGCGCAUGUUUCGUGAGAAACUUCACUCGUGUCAUCGAUUUCAAAAAGAAGUAUUAAAGAACCAUGAUCUAUUAUUGGACUUGUACUAG